AUCGCCCUAGAGCGAUCAACAAACUUCCGCUCGUCCGCUACAUUCCGCAUUACCCAUGGUAUAUACGCACUUGGCGACAAGCAGUUACCCACCCGCCGAGCUCAGUACAAUUCGCUAGGAGAGCUACUCGUACGGCUGGAAGAGGAGGGCGUCAACGGGAUCUCUGGCCAGAGUCCUCCCUUUCCUCCCGAUUUCGACGCGUCGGCGAGGGAGCAGUGGUUGAUGGCGCUCCCCAAGGGCACGCACCUGUUCCGCGCAGCCGCCACGGCUGUGAGCCAUCCAGCUCGUGGGCUUACAGGUGAUGCGGGUACGGCUUAUGCCCAUGAGCAUCUUGGUCUAUGGUCCAACGCGGGUCACAAACGUAAUCUGGAGAAUUGGACAUCUACUCGGACCAUCGGAGCGGCGUUCCAGGAGCUCGCAAGCCCGGCGUACUUCGCAACGGCAACGUCCAAGACGUUGCACAAGAUACGGCGGUGCCUCGAUUGUUCGCAGCCGGCGAUCACGGAUCAGAACGGACAGCAUCGGAACUGCACGCUGGACGGGGCAUCGCGGACUAGCCAGCGUGGCUAUCGGCGGCUCAGGUUCGCGCACGAGCUUCUGAACGAGCCAUACGUCACCUCGACGGUGCCAGAUAUCGCCGAAUUCUUAGACGAUCUCGGUCUCGAGCUCGGGUCUAGCGCGGACAUACUCGUUGAAUACCAUCACCUCCUUGCCGACCUCCCCUUCAUCCCAUCCGUGGCCGAGCUCCAACCCGCAACCCUCGAUAUACCUCCUAUCGUCCGGUAUAAAAAAGCUUCCAAGAAUCAUCCUCAGCAACUCUGGGCCGCCACGGUAGACCGACUACUCUCCGUCCGCCCCGGCGUCGAUGGAGUCCGUACAGAUCAGCCUCGCAUGCUGAACCCGGAGGAGGAGGAGUUGCAGCCUCUAUGGAACGCUGUGGUGAGGAGAGGUGCUGGGUCACAAAUUGUCAACUGUCGAGGAGCCGGUGUGUUUGCAACUGUGCUAGAGGGGGGACAAGCUGCAGUGCAUGUUGGCAGAGCCAAACCGUCUUUUACUCCACAACGCGAGUGCUGUGCCCUCGUUGCUGAAGGUUGGGUUCCAGGAGCCACUAGUUCGCUCACCCUUCUAUACUCCGUCGCCCACGCCCAUUAA